UUGGAAUGCCAUGCUGGGCGGAGGGGCCAAGUGGGUCCCCUUGUUUAUUAAAGAUUAGAGGAUUUGCGAGGGUCUGUCUUGCGUGGACGUUGAGCGAAUUAAUCUCUUUCCUUUUUGUCAGAGUCUAGCUGAUGGACGCAGAGUCGCGGAACCCCGUGUCACCCCCACCGUGAGAGUAUGUGUCGCCUAUCCUCUUCCACUGCACUGCCCCGCAGACCAUCUUACAGCAUCCAUAAGAAGUGAAAGAAGGAGCCGCUCUUGUGCUGGCCAACCAGGUCAGGACUUGGUGCGAAUCGCCACUGAGGCGUGUCAGCUGUUAGAAGAAGCUGAAACAAAAAAGAAGAAAACAUUGAUAGGAUUCCAAGUUUAUUAUUUAACACGACAGUAUAUAGCGUUUUAUUUUUAGUUGGAUUAUUUGACCAGCUGCCCAGACUAUUCAAAUAAUAAAAACCAAAAACCGACUUUAAAUUGAACUCUUCAGCGAAAUUGCCUUUUGCAUCCAAGAAUUCCCGUACUGCAUUUACUAUAUAGUCAGAAUUACUGAAACUACCGUAGGAUGUCUAAUUACAUCAUAGGAUAAGCGAAGAACCAUAUCUUAGAUCUGCUAGUGGAGACGCAUGUAGUUACAGGCACUCUGACGAAUUCAAGUUAUCUAGUAUAAAUCGUGGUGUCCCGCUGCAGUCGCUAUGAGGACGUGCGCUUUCAUUUUGGGACUGAAGACGCUGUGGGUUCUUCUCUUCUGUACACUUUCCAACACUCUGGCGGUCAAUAACAGCGGGAGAUGGUGGGGCAUUGUCAAUGUGGCUUCUUCUACUAACUUACUUACUGAUUCCAAAAAUGUGCAACUAGUUUUGGACCCCAGUCUCCAGCUUCUGAGCCGCAAACAGAGGAAACUAAUCCGACAGAAUCCUGGAAUCCUGCAUGCCAUCACCAGUGGCCUCCAGAGUGCCAUGAAGGAAUGCAAGUGGCAGUUUCGAAAUCGGCGCUGGAAUUGCCCCACUACACAGAGUCCCAAUGUAUUUGGGAAAAUUGUUAGCAGAGGCUGCAGAGAGACAGCGUUUAUCUUUGCCAUCACAAGUGCAGGCGUAACUCAUUCCGUUGCCAGAUCUUGUUCUGAAGGUUCAAUUGAGUCAUGCACCUGUGACUAUCGCCGCAGAGGCCCUGGUGGUCCUGACUGGCACUGGGGUGGUUGCAGUGAUAACAUUGAUUUUGGACAAGUCUUCGGAAGAGAGUUUGUGGACUCAAGUGAAAGAGGACGAGAUCUCCGUUAUUUGACAAAUCUACACAACAAUGAAGCUGGGCGAAUGACAGUUUUUUCUGAGAUGCGCCAGGAAUGUAAGUGCCAUGGGAUGUCAGGAUCCUGCACGAUCAAGACUUGCUGGAUGAGACUUCCAACGUUCCGUACAGUUGGGGACUUCCUGAAGGACCGAUUUGAUGGGGCAUCUCGAGUCAUCUAUGGUAACAAAGGCAGCAACCGGGCCUCCAGAAUGGAUGUGCGGCACCUAGAGCCGGAAAACCCAGCUCACAAGCCUCCUUCCCCACGGGAUCUGGUCUAUUUCGAAAAGUCUCCUAACUUCUGUACAUAUAGUGGGAAGACAGGCACAGUAGGCACCACAGGACGCUACUGCAACAGCUCUUCCCCAGCAUUGGAUGGAUGUGAACUGCUUUGCUGUGGGCGCGGCUACCGGACCAGGACAGAGCAAGUCACAGAACGGUGCAACUGCACCUUCCAUUGGUGCUGCCAUGUGAGCUGCCUUAAUUGCACCAGCACACAGGUUUUACAUGAGUGUUUGUAGGCCCAGCUCUUCCAUUGUCCCUCAUUCCAUAUUUUCACCUCCUUGGGGCAACUUUAUUUGCUGUGGUGAAGGCCAGACAGUGCUUCCUUGGUGCUCACUUAUCACCUUAAUACAGUCAGCAGUCAUUUGGUGUCUCAAUGGUGCUUCCAGCCAUGAAAAAAGGAAAAACAAGGAAAAAUGGAUAUGACAAGGUGAGAAGAGGAGACCUCCAAUCACCAGACCAAGCUGCCACACUGUCAUCCAUUAAGGGAACAGAGAAAGCACUUAACAGGGACUCAGCGUGCCAGAAGAAGUUUCCACUUUGAUAGUCCCAGCAUUUCCCCCAAUCCCUUGUAAAUUGACCAAAACCCCUUUCUGUCAAUCUGCUGCUGCCUGUAACUGAAAUUCUGCCAAAGAUUUUCUAGUAACCCUUCAACCCACAAUGCCCCCCUCCCCCACAACAACCACCCUGCUCUGCCGGCUCAUUUUGGCUGUGCCACUUGGUUUUCCUCUCUGUGCCCUUUGCAACAAACAUGACGAUGUGGAAAGAGCCAGUGGCGAGGCUGACAGCUCCACUGAACUGUAACGAGUGCUGUGCCAAGUGCUGAGAAACCAAAAAAUUUGAACACUGCUACAGACCAAAUCGUAGUAACACACUCGCACACACAAGUCGAUGCGGUCAACUCAGCUGACGCUGUGGCGCAAAGCUGGCGCCGCUUUUUGGUGCAGGCAUAUGCUUGCAAUGCUAAUGAUUUCAGCAGGAACUGGAUGAUGGAGCAGGGUGCCUUUAACUCCCCGAGUACCCUUUCAAAAAAAAAAAAAAAAGAAAAAGCAGGCAGGG